AUGUUUAGCAACAUCUUAACUGUUACCAAAGUUCUCUUUCAACAAUUUCAGUUGACAAGCUCUCCCAAUGCAUUUGAUCCCUACCAAGCUGACCAGUUCUACGAAGAGCUCAAUCAAGAUGUCCAUGCUGGCUCAAACUCUGAUUUCUCCUUGUGUGACGAAGAGGACAUGGUCCUUGUUGAUAAAAUGGAGGAUGAGAAAGAUGUUUGCUUUAUUCAUGGCUACUGCAUCAAACAACCUAGCGCAAAGCGAAUGCGUUUAAUAGUUGCUAAUGCUGCGAAAGAAAUCAUCAAAAACAUUUCUACUGGUGCUUCUUCCACUUGCUCUACCGCCAGCUCUAGAAAAAAGAAGUUGCAAAAGAAGGCUAUGGAUCUCGUCUACGUUGAAGAGAAGGCAUCCGUAAUGAGAGGCUAUGGCGUUGACUUUUGCCCUUUAUUUGAAAGACCCUACGACUCAAACUUUUGCGUUGAUCUCUCUGACAGAAAGAAUUGCCGUAAUGCAGAUGGAGAAUUUGAAAAUAAGUAUAUUAACAUCCCCAUGAAAAGCUUUUCAUCAUUAGAAACAGAAAACGAUUCUUGGGAGCUAGUGUAG